UGGGGACGAAAACUGUACGGGGCGAGCGUAGCUCCGCCACCGCCGCCGCCUCAUCACCACCCGCGGGCGCCGCUCGUUUUCGCGCCUCAGGACAUGAGGCAGAUACUCAAGGAAGAGCCGGUGCCACGUGCUUGGCCGCAGCCUGCGCUCGCCAAUAACGGAACAGUCGGCGUGAGCAGAGCUCAGUUCGAGAAGCAACCGCCGAGCAAUUUAAGGAAGAGUAAUUUCUUCCAUUUCGUGAUCGCACUCUAUGAUCGACACGAUCAGCCUAUCGAGAUAGAAAGGACCUCGUUCAUGGGUUUCGUCGAGAAAGAUCAGGAGUCCGAAGGCCAAAAAACGAACAAUGGAAUCCAAUACAGCUUGCAUCUGCUCUACUCCAACGGUGUCAGACAGGUGCAAGAUAUCUACGUUAGGCUGAUCGACUCGGCGACGAAACAAGCGAUCAUGUACGAGGGACAGGACAAAAAUCCUGAAAUGUGCAGAGUCCUUCUAACACACGAAGUGAUGUGCAGUCGGUGCUGCGACAAGAAAAGCUGCGGGAACAGAAACGAAACGCCCAGCGACCCUGUGAUCAUCGACCGAUUCUUCCUUAAGUUCUUUCUCAAGUGCAACCAGAACUGCCUUAAGAAUGCCGGCAACCCACGCGAUAUGAGGCGCUUCCAGGUGGUCAUUUCCACGCAAGUAGGAGUAGAGGGACCGCUACUGGCAGUCUCGGACAACAUGUUCGUCCACAACAACAGUAAACAUGGGCGCAGAGCGAAACGAUUGGAUCCCAGCGAUCCCGGCGAAUACAACAGUCUCUACACUCCAGUUCCCCUGCAAACACCGUGCAUAAAGGCAAUAUCGCCGAACGAAGGCUGGACGACCGGAGGAUCGACGGUGAUAAUCAUAGGUGACAAUUUCUUUGACGGGCUUCAAGUAGUGUUCGGGUCGAUGUUGGUCUGGAGCGAGCUAAUCACGCCGAACGCGAUCAGGGUUCAAACUCCGCCGAGGCAAAUACCAGGUGUCGUCGAGGUCACAUUAUCGUAUAAGACUAAACAAUUUUGCAAGGGGGCGCCUGGGAGAUUUGUCUAUGUUUCAUUGAACGAGCCAACGAUCGACUAUGGCUUCCAAAGGUUACAAAAGCUGAUCCCCCGGCACCCCGGCGACCCCGAGAAAUUACCGAAGGAGAUUAUACUGAAGAGGGCGGCGGACCUCGCGGAAGCUUUGUACAGUAUGCCCAGAAGUGGAAACGCGGGAAUUACAGGUGCUCCCAGGAGUCCCGGAUCGGGCCACCCACCUGCGCCGCCCACAUCCAGUUCGGCGACGGCGUUCAACUCGUAUACAGGGCAACUAGCGGUGACAGUGCAAGAAAACGGUAGUGCGGCGAAAUGGACGGACGACGGUAGUUCCGUGACGACAGGAGCCAAUGCUGGAGGCGGAGGUGGCGGAGGUGGCGGUGGCAGCGUCGGGGGCAGCGUCGGUGGCAGCGUCGGUGGAAACGUCGACGCCUAUAGGCAAAGCAGUAGCGCGAGUCCACGCGGGGUUGUAACUGGCGGCGGUUAUUGCGGAAGUUCGGCCAGCACACCCCACAGUCACAGCACCAAUGGAAGUUACUCGGUCGCCAAUCCCUACGCGGGUAGUCCAACCCUUUACACUUCGCGACUAGGAGAGGUUGUCGGUUCGCCGUUCAACAUGAAUCCAUUUAUGUUGCCCACCUGCAGCCAAGGAUACUCAAACACCGCCAGUCCGUUGCUCUCGUCUAGUAACAAAUAGUGUUACGAGAUGUAAGCUCCGACGAGAACGCGAAAUGUCUCCGCCUUCGCGAAAGCGAGAUUCGCUGACGCCGAACGUUUCAGCGGAUUCUAACGUUCCCUUAAUCAUUGUAUUUGUAGUUGACAAUAUCGCUUUCCCGGGAGUCGGAGUCGGGCCUGUUCGGGCCCCACGUUUUCCCAGUUACAGCACAAAAUAGUCGGGGGAAAAACAAAGAAACGCGUAAUCGUUCUCGUCGGAGCUUGAGAAAAUCGUGUUUGGAAGUUCUGUAUAUCGAAACCAGUGCAAAAAGAAAUCGAUAACGUUUUACGAUCAACGAUCGAAUAAGUUAAGGAAUGAUACAUAUCGAGAAACACUUGUUUUCUUUCUCUUUCUUUUCCCGCAUCUAUCGACAUAGUCGCUCGGAUGGUACAAUAUUUAUACGAAAGUGAAACCGAAGAUAAUUAAGAUCGGCCGUAUUCGAAGUGCGAAGAGCAAUCUAUCGAUCGUUGUCGGUUCUCGGUGUUGUGUAACAGAGACUGUUGUAAACAAAAAAAACGUUCAACCCUCGAACACGGUAACUUUGUUUCGUUGAGGAUGAUGCGACCGCACACUUUCUGCUGUUCCAAUCACGGUAAUUAGUCGGCGGAUCUUUAUGCGAGAUUCAGAAUUUUCCGCAUCGAUCGCAGGGAACGGGAGGUUUCGAUGAUUUGUUUCGUCUCUUGAUGAUUUGGACACGUUGAAAACGAUGUUACGAUAUUUAUAAAUUUUAUGAAUCUCUCUGUCUCUCUCCCCCUCUAAAAUCCGCAGUCUAGUGAACUAAAAUCUACCACGUAAGAUCAUUUUUCCUGGAUUGUUUCGGUCAUCCCGCCGUACCGUCAGCUUACGGAGAAGCUGUCCCAAGCUGUCAACGAAAAGAUUCACCAGGCCGAACGACUAUAGUCGUCUCGUAAUACCGAUGUAGCUGUAUCGGAAUGCGAGGAGAGCGUUUUCACGGAUGGGCUCGAACGCGUCCGGCAUUUUCGUCUUCUUUCGCGGGCGCGCGCCGCCGUUUAACGCGACGAAAACUUGUGACAGAAUAUUUUUGAAAGUGUUUUCCAUCGAUUUUGUAGCAAGGUGGUCGAAGAAAUUUCGCGCGACAAAUCGUACGUGUUCGGUGAACGGGAGCAGUAUACGUGUGAGCAGGAAGAUAGUGCGUUGUUCACAGGGUGUCGGGGAAUUUUCUAAUGAAUCCGAGCAGAAAGCUGUCGAGGGUCGGGGAACGCGGACACCGGCUAGACGGACAUAUCGCUUAUCACUGAAUAACAGACAUCAUAGUUUUAGAGAGCAUUUUCGACUUUGAAAUUUUAACUUCCUACCCGUACGUUUUAAGAAGACUAACCAAUAUCAGCUAGGUAGAGCGUAUCGUCUAACGUGUAAUUUGUAAAUUUUCUUGUAAAUAUUGUUGCGAUGUACAAAAAAAAAAAGACGACAGAAUUAUUUCUAGGAGCCCAACGAAACGAUAUUAAAACGGGAUUGUAGGACGAAGAAUUAUUAUAUAUAGGUGUACAUAAUCGUAGAGCAACCGUAGCUUGACUCCGUAUAAUUGUAUGAUUGUAUGGCGGCGAUCCAACCUUUCAACGUGCGGACUAUACACGCGUAUAGUCGGUGGAAUAAGUGUACAGGGUGUUCCAAAAUUAUAGC